AUGUUGAACGUAUGCUACGUGGCACUACCUAGUGAGAUCAAGAAUGGACUUAUAGGUCCCACAGCACAAAUAACACAAUCCCCAUAUCCCGCCUGCUCCAUCUCCAAACCUCCACUAUAUAAACCCCGAGAGCAACCCAACCCCAAUCCCCACCACCAUCAAUCCUGCCACAAACCUUCCACCACCACUGGGCCUAGCUUAAGUCUUUCCAAACUUGGCAAAACCACCCAAAUUGUUAGCACCAAUCUACCACAUAUGGGUAAUGCCGAUUAUGAAUAUCCACUAACGAAUGUUGAGAGGGUACAUAGUGUCGCAGUUCCACCACCACAACCAUUUUUCAAGUCACUGAAAAACUCCUUCCAAGAAACUUUUUUCCCAGACGACCCAUUUCGGCAGUUGAAGAACCAGCCACCGUCUACAAAACUAAAGCUUGGCAUUCAGUACUUCUUUCCGAUCUUUGAAUGGGGUCGUCGUUACAGCUUCGAGUUCUUCAAAGCUGACCUUUUAGCCGGAAUCACCAUAGCCAGCCUCGCAAUCCCUCAGGGAAUCAGCUAUGCAAAACUAGCUAACUUGCCACCCAUUCUUGGCCUAUAUUCGAGCUUUGUUCCGCCGUUAGUUUAUGCGAUGAUGGGGAGUUCGAGAGAUUUGGCAGUAGGCACUAUUGCUGUUGCAUCACUUCUCACAGCUUCGAUGUUGGGGGAAGAAGUUGACGCCAAUGAGAAUCCACAGCUUUAUCUUCACCUUGCUUUCACCGCAACGUUUUUUGCUGGAGUGCUUCAAGCUACCUUGGGCAUCUUAAGGCUAGGGUUUAUGGUGGAUUUUUUAUCGCAUGCAACCAUCGUAGGUUUCAUGGCGGGAACAGCCACAGUGAUUAUGUUGCAACAGCUCAAAGGAAUUUUUGGGCUUGAACAUUUUACUCAUGGAGCCGACCUUGUCUCUGUCCUGCGCUCCGUUUUCAGCCAAAUCCAUGAGUGGAGAUGGCAAAGUGCUGUAUUGGGAUGUACUUUCCUUUUCUACCUCCUGCUCGCCAGAUACGUGAGCAAGAGAAGACCAAAGCUUUUUUGGAUAUCAGCAAUGGCUCCUCUGACCUCAGUCAUCUUAGGAAGUCUUCUUGCUUACGCUACCCAUGCUGAGAGACACGGCGUUCAAGUGAUAGGGCACCUGGACAAAGGGUUAAAUCCUAUUUCAAUAUCGGAUUUGAAUUUUGGAUCCCAGUAUCUGACAACGGCUCUCAAAACAGGCAUAAUCACGGGUGUCAUAGCCUUAGCUGAAGGAAUCGCAGUGGGCCGGAGCUUUGCCAUGUUCAAGAACUACAAUAUUGAUGGCAACAAAGAGAUGAUUGCUUUUGGAAUGAUGAACAUUGCUGGUUCUUGCACUUCUUGUUACAUCACCACGGGGCCAUUCUCGCGAUCUGCAGUGAACUUCAAUGCAGGAUGCAAGACGGCAGUUUCGAAUAUCGUAAUGGCACUUGCAGUCAUGAUCACACUCUUAUUCUUAACACCAUUGUUCCGUUACACUCCUCUUGUGGUUUUGUCUUCCAUAAUAAUCUCCGCAAUGCUCGGCCUUAUUGACUACCAAGCAGCCAUACAUCUUUGGAAGAUCGACAAAUUCGACUUUCUAGUGUGCAUUAGUGCAUUCAUUGGUGUUGUUUUUGCCAGCGUCGAGAUUGGCUUAGUCAUCGCGGUGGCAUUGUCUGUGCUUAGGGUAAUGUUGUUUGUUGCAAGACCAAGGACACUGGUACUUGGUAAUAUACCAGAUUCCAUGAUCUACAGAAGUGUCCAUCAAUACCCUAAUGCUAAAAGUGUUCCAGGAAUUCUCAUACUAGAGAUUGAUUCUCCCAUUUACUUUGCCAAUGCAAGCUACUUAAGAGAAAGGAUCUCGAGAUGGAUUGAUGAGGAGGAAGACAAGAUUAAAUCUACUGGAGAAAACACCAGCCUACAAUAUGUCAUACUAGAUAUGAGUGCCGUUGGCACGAUUGACACCAGUGGGAUAAGCAUGUUUGAAGAGCUCAAAAAGAACAUUGACAGAAGAGGGCUCAAGUUGGUAUUGGCCAAUCCAGGAGGAGAGGUGGUGAAGAAGCUCAGUAAGUCCCAUUUCAUCGAGUCAAUGGGCCAGGAAUGGAUAUAUCUAACAGUGGGAGAGGCUGUGGCAGGAUGCAACUUUAUGCUACACACAAGCAAACCAAAACAAAUGACAGAUGAAUCAGAGCUAGGGAGCAAUAAUGUCUAAGCUUUCAAUGAAGCAUAUUGAGUAUUGUGUCAUUAACUUAAUAUGAAGUUGGAGGCUUUUUUUUUUUUUUUUUUGUAUCCCCCAAAAUUGUGUAAUUUGUAGAGUAUAAUUCACAUGUAUUGAAGGAUACACCGCAAGCUUAGCAAAUUCGUUGUUUAUAAUUUGGGGCCUUAAUGGAUUAUUUAUGCCAAAAAUGGAACGGGGACUUUCAUUUUUAAAAUGAAAAUA